UCUCCUGCUCCUGGCUCCUCCCCUCCGGCUGCCCUCCGCCCUGCUCGGCUCGCUCACUCGCUCGCUCCCCGGGUCUCCUGGUGUAUUAUGUCAUCUGCAAGCGGAGCGCCCGGCCAGGCUCCCCGAGACGGCGCGCAGUGAGCGGCGGAGGAGCCGGGAGGCGCGUCUCUCGGGCGGCAGCGCUGUGCAAGGACCCGGAGCUGCGCCGGCUGGGCGCUCCUGCCUAGGACGGCUCCCCUUGGCCGGCUGCGCCGCCGCGCCUUGCUUGCUUCCCCUCGUCCCCCGGUGGCUCCGCUGUCCUCGGAGGGGGUCUCCCGCCCGGGAGCCAGGCGGAUGCCGCCGCAGCAAGAGGGAGAGACGGGCUACAUCAGCAAGCCGCUGCCGGGCGGCUGCGAAGUGCCCCCGGUGCCGCCGCGGAGGGUCCGCAGCAGCCGGGCAGCGGCGCUGGGGGCCGCGCUGGGGAGCCGCUGCCGGGCCGGGGCGGGCGGCGGGACUGGCGGCGGCGGCGGCGGAGCCGAGCCUCGCCGCAGCAUCAAGUGCGUGCUGGUGGGAGACGGCGCGGUGGGCAAGACCAGCCUGGUGGUGAGCUACACCACCAACGGCUACCCCACGGAGUACAUCCCCACCGCCUUCGACAAUUUCUCAGCUGUUGUAUCCGUUGAUGGCCGGCCAGUGAGGCUCCAGCUCUGUGACACAGCUGGCCAGGAUGAAUUUGACAAGCUCCGGCCACUGUGCUACACCAACACAGACAUCUUCCUGCUAUGCUUCAGCGUGGUGAGCCCUUCCUCUUUCCAGAACGUGAACGAGAAGUGGGUUCCUGAAAUCCGAUGCCACUGCCCCAAAGCACCCAUUAUCCUCGUUGGGACACAAUCGGACCUCCGGGAGGACGUCAAGGUCCUCAUUGAGCUGGACAAAUGCAAAGAAAAGCCCGUGGCGGAGGAGGCCGCGAGGCUCUGUGCCGAGGAAAUAAAAGCCGCCUCUUACAUCGAGUGCUCCGCUUUGACUCAGAAAAACCUCAAAGAAGUCUUUGAUGCAGCCAUUGUUGCUGGCAUUCAGUACUCGGAUACUCAGCAGCAGCCAAAGAAAUCGAAAAGCCGGACUCCAGACAAAAUGAAAAACCUCUCCAAAUCCUGGUGGAAAAAGUAUUGCUGUUUUGUAUAGUAUAUUUUGCAAAGGCUUUGAAAACAGCAGUUGGAUACUGGGAGCGGGUCAAAGCUAUAUUAGCUCAAAAUCUCUCUAUUCCAGAGCACACGGACUGCAUUCCACAGCUCUACAUGCUGCUAAAAGUCAUCCGUUGUCAUUGGAGGUGGUGGUUGUGGGAGGAGGACCUGCGGGAGCUGGUUGAUGUGCAUUAGGUGGAAGGUUCCCACCCGGAGUCAGUGGAGUUUCCUGUUGCCAAGGGACAAUUACCCCACACUUCUGUGAAACCAGAAGCUGGGCCAAGGAACUGACUCCAUGCAGAAGUGGGAGGAGCCGCAACAGAGGCCUCUGGUGCCAAGGCGACACAGAAACCAGGAAAAGACUAUAGGAGGACAGAGUUUGACAGGUGGAUGUUAGAAAGUGUGUGCUACUUAAUGACACUUGGCUUCCCACGCGCCCGUUUUCAGUCUUGCCAUCUUCAGAAACUAUAACAUGCAUUCCAGAAACAUCCAUAGUUUGAUAAAUUUAGCAGAAUCUGCACGUAAAUCCUAUAUAUUUUUCUUAAGACGAUAUGCCUACUUCAUGCACAGUGUAGGGAUGUCUUAACACAAUGAGCUGCUUACAUAACUGCAUCUUAUUUGUAGACCCCUGACUUACAGAUCUUUUACAUGGUGUAAAUGUGCAUGCUUGCCAAAUUAUAAAAAAUAAUAAUAAUGAUGAUAUUUUGAAUAGCCUUGGGUUGCUUUUCUAUUUCUAGAGACCCCAUGACAGGUUUUUUAUCAAUUUAUAAAGGAUGUAAUCCUCCCCUUAAACGAUGCACCAAAUACCUGUGAAAUGUAUGUAUCUGAUGGUCUAAGUCAAUGUGAUGAUGUUUUCUACAAGAUAAUCUCAACUAAUUACAUUAUAGUCUUUUUCACAUAGUCAGGUACCGCACAUUUAUGUACCUUAGAUAGGGCCAUCUUUCUGCAUGAUGGAAUUCAGUGCCUAUCAAUAUAAGGUGAGGUGGGAUUAGAACAAGCUAUCAGUCAUAAGCAGUAGGAAAUCCAUCCAUUGAUGCCAAUGGAAAAGUCUUCCAGGUAAAUGCAUGGCCAUAGAAAUUGGUCCUGAUUCAAAAUAUACCAAAUCUGUCCCUGUCAAUUUUCAUGUAGUGAUUUAAAUGUUUUUUUAAAAUGAUCAUAAAUGCGGGCUAGCAGUGGUGGUAACUACCUAGGCUGCAUGCUUUGUCCAUGGUUUCUUAUGGUCUUCCAUAUUGCUUUGAACAAAAUGAACAUUAGCCAACAUGCAACACAUUUUUGGUGGUGACCCAAAUCCCUUUCAAGACAAUUCAAAGGUAUAUUUUAAAUUUUAACAAAAUGGCCUGCCCUUGCAAUAGAUUACAAUGUGAUGGAUCUAAAAUGUGGAAUAUUAUUUGCUCCAAUAUCUACCUAUAGAAAUUCCUCUUCUAAUUAAGUAAUGCAAUGUUCUGAAUUCUGGAGAUUGAGCUAUUUAGGAACCUGAUAUUUGCAAAAUGAGCGCAAAAGCCUUAAGUUAUUGUCUCCUUUUCUGUAUUGUCAAGAUUCCUCCUCCCACCAGCCACCGCCUUUAAAGUAGGCUUCUUCUUCAUUCCAUUAUCAUCUUAGGUUUAAACUGGCCUAAUUCAGGCAUAAUGAGGAACAAUGGUUUUCUGCUACAUUAAUGAGCUUUGGAUUUACAUGUUUCCCUGUCCUCCCUUUUCAUGUGCCAACAUCUGCUUUAGUUUUUAAACUAACCACAGUUCUCUGUGAGUCCAGGCUUUGGGAACUGUGGUUAAUUCAAAAGCUAAAGCAGAUGUUGGCACAUGAAAGGGGAGAGGGAACAUGUGAAUCCAAGGCUUCCAUGCUUAGAAUAAGCUAGGAUCAAACAGGUGGAAGCUAGGGGGCAGGUGGAAGCACAUGAGUUCAAGGUGGGGGCCCUGUUCCUAUACCAAUAAACCAUGGUUUCCCAUUAUGUCUGAAUGCAGUCUACACAUGCAAGCCCUGCAAACAGAAUCCACAUCAGAUCUCACAGGGCUCCUGCAGAACCUCUAUAUUCACUGCAUCUUGUACAUGAGAAAUACCAGUGCAGAAAUCCCAGGCACCUCCUUGCCCAAUUGUUUAGUACACAGGGCAUUAAAGUAUUUUUCUUCCAGCCUUAGGUGAAGUUGCUGCCUACAUUUUUUUCAGUGGCUCUCAUUUUUCCUAACCUGGUUGGGAUACGUUUCCUGUUUCAAUGUUGGCAGUAGCUUUAGACUGACUCAGCCCUCUCCUGCCCAGAUGGGAGAACCAUCUUUUCAGUGGGUGGUGAUGGUGGGGCAGACAGCAGAGAUUCAGAGUUAUCCAAACCCUGCUGGACUGUUGCAGGAGGGCAGAAGUAACGGUUUCUGCCUUUCCAGAUAUAUUUUUUUUAAUGGGAACUAUUCCUCUCCUGUCAUUUCUGAUGGGAGAGAAUGCACAGACACGAGUUCCAGGGCUUACAUACGUUUCCUUUAGUUUCAGGGGACUGAGAAGGGUACUUGUAAGAUCCAUCAAAGCUAUGCUUUUCCCUGACCCAUCCCCAGCAUGCUUCCUUUAGGCCUCUGAUGAUAUUGGACCUCAAAUGUUGGUGAGGCAAGGGCCACAGAGAUUUCUGCAGUGGGGAGGUCCUAUCUCAACACACACCCACACCCCUGCCCCUGCUCUGACUUUUAUAUUCAGAGCAAGGUCUGAUUCAUCCCAUAGCCCCAGGAAAACACUCCCAGGGACCAUAGACUUGCAUGGCCCAUCAGAAUGUAGAACACUAUUUUUUUAAUUUUCAAUGCAUACAGUAAGUCUGUCAUUUUGUUACUGCACUUAUUACUGUAAGUAACAAAAGCAUAACUAGCAGUGCAUACAGUUUCAGAGGGAAAUCAAGAGGGGGGGGGAGUCGUUUCACUUGCAGUGUGGUUUAAAUAUUGAAUCCUUUCAAUUAGGCUUUUUGGUGUCCCGUCUUCAUAAAAAAGCAGGUCACAGAAACCAGGAAGAGACCAAAAUGGAAUAAGGGAAACUCAAGGGUAAGCAGGGGGGGGGGUGUCCCCUCACAAUUGGACGGACUGCUUAUUUUGUUCAUUCUUGUUCUUAAAAUGUGUUGAAAAACAAACUCACCCAAGUCUGCAUUACAUGUGUCUUCUCGUGCUUAUCUGUGAUGACCUCCAUUGACGCCAUGUUUAAAUAACAUUAAAUGAUGCUUCAACCUUU